UAGCCUAUAAUGUCUUUCAUUGGUCCAAAGUGCGAACUGUAUGAGACUCAUAACGAAAGUGAAAGUUGAAUAACCUGGUUAACCAGACCAAACAGUCAUCAGUCUUCACAGUGCCUCCGGUCAAAGACGUGUUCUGCUUUUAGAGGAGCGUGUAGAGUAAAUGAACAUGGCCUCCAUUGGUUUCAUCUGUAUUUUCAGUCUGAUCUUCAUCAGUGCAGGAACUGCAACUACUAAUGCGUUUAUAAAAGUGCAAUGCAAGACCGAAAAUGUGGGACGGUAUGGCCAGCAGUCACUGCUGGAGUGUGUAGUUGACACCACACAAGAAGACGUAACAAUCCGAGUGGUCACUUGGAAGAAGGACAACAAGACCUUACUGGUUUUUAACAAAGAAGAGAUCACUAAGCAGCAGCCAGGCUAUAUGUUUGCUGAGCCGUCCUGGAACAAAAAGAACAUGAACAUAUCCCUGCUCAUCGACAACACUGGUUUAAAGGACGAGGGAGAUUAUGUGUGUGCGGUGAUGACAGACAGCGGUACUGACGAUAACAAAACCAGACUCAAAGUCAGAGCCAAAUACAAGAAACCAACUAUAAACUCUGUCCCUGAGACAGUUACUGAAAACGCAGACAGUACCCUGGUGUGUAUCUCUUCUGGUGGCUACCCAGAAGGUCGACUUAGCUGGUUUGAUGAGCACAACGUGGAGUGGGUGAAGAGUGCUCAAAUGGAGGCAAAGAAGACAGAAAGUGGUCUGUUUGAGCUCUCUAGCAAGCUGCCUUUGCUUCGAGGAUCCACUUUCUCCAAAUAUACCUGUGUAGUGUACAAUGCCAGUGGAGACAAAGAGGAUGAGGUCACAUUUGAAAUACCACCAAAAAAAGAAGAGCUGGGAGGAGAAAAAGGGAUCAAUUCAGCCUCCAAAAUCGUCGCUCCUUUGGUGGUCAUCGGAUCGCUGAUCGCAGGAUUGCUGCUGGUGGUGAUAGUUUACCGAAGGCGAUCCCAACAGGCACGGAGGCACUCUACAGCACCCCUCAUGAGUGACCAUCAAGCGGUCCCGUAUAUACCAGGGGAUGAGGCAGGCUUUGAUGUGAACUCUUUUUGUAGAUGAUCAUCAGCAGAUGGAUUUGGAAAGCCAAAAUAGCCUGGCCUGAGGACGCAUACUAGUCACACGAAUAUGCAAACUUACUGGCAACCUCUGAAAUCAACACUUCCUUGUUUCGUAACUCCACUGUCACUGCACUUUUCCUACUGCACAAUUGUGUGUGUGUGUGUGUACAGUAUAUAACUGGGAAUAACUUGUAUUACUGUGAUUUAUCACAGAAAUUGUGAGGGACUCAUCUAAGCUUAUUAAGUAUCACUCUUAAAUCUAUUCUAAAUCUAAACAUACACUUAAAGGCUAUGGAUCGUGUCCUGUGACCUUAAAACCUAAACAACCAGUGGGAGCCCAGUGUAUCACCAAAAACCAACUUGAUAGUGAUAUCAGGAUGUCAGUGAAUAACAGAUGUGUUUGCUGUUCUUGGAAAAAUCUUUGUUUAAUCUUGUCUUUGUUCAGCCCACGCAGUAACUGUAGCACUUGGCAGCUUGGCAGGAGUGGACUUCCUUCUAACUUCCGUCUGUGACAUAAGGUCUAUAGCAAAGAAGAAUAUGCUAUAAAUCAAUUAAUUUUUGGCUUUUGUCCUUUCUUGGGAUUUGUAGAAAAUAAAGAAAAUGUAGGAUAUCACCAGCCUUAUAAUUUGAGGGUCUGUAGAAACACAUUAUGUAAUAGCAAAUUGGUACUUUCCCACUUCAAGACAAAUAAUGAAGUCAGUUGGUUAUCUUAAAGGUCAGUGUUUCCACAGGCUGUCCUGAGAAUAUUCAAUCCCUGCAAAUUUCAUAUCCUUUUCUAGCCACAGAGAAAUUUACCUCGGUGAAGUUGCACUUCCACAUGUCUCAUGAUCUUCACAUGUCACUUAUUUGCUGUUGCGAAAUAGUAUGUGGUGUAUAAAAGUCUAAAACACAUGUUUUUGUUCCUCCAAAUGUCUUUGGCUUGUGUAAUCCUUGGCGGUAGUAUGAAUCUUUGUUGCCAAAUUAUCGCUUAUCUUCUUACCAUUGCAAACAGGUUUAUGGUUUCAUUUUCUCUUCAUCUGAUAUCUUUCAGACGGAUGUGCGCCCAUAUUUUGAGCCUUUUGAGAUUUUGAUAUGUGACCAGCUUGGUAAUGGAGCAGAUCACCAGAAAAUAUCCUGGAGUCCAAGUCAGGACUCAAAUGCUUUGACACCACAGUUGUGUUCAACAAAAACACCUUAUCAACAUCUGCAGGUGUAUGAUUAAUCUUGGUUCCAUAGCACAGCGUCAUUGGGGUUAAUCAUUGACUGAUUGGAUAGACACAAACAACAGCUUUACGAAAGUAUGAAUUUUAUAUUCUGGAAAUUUAAAAAACACAAAUGUCCAUUAACAAAACUCAGUAGAUGCACUUGUAAGUAAUGUAUUGUGUAUAUACCGUUUUUACAAAUCUGUGAAUAUUUUAAUUCUGUGUGUCUGAGUCAAUUCACUGUAUGUUGUUCAUCAGGUCAAAAUAGAGCUGUUGCUCAACUAUAGACAGUACAGUAAUUACUCUGUAUUUGUUGUGGUGUGAUUAACACAUUGUUUUCUGAUCUGUGCUUUUCUAUUAUGUAAUAAAUAUAAUUUGACAAACUGAA